UAACAGAUUAAUUAACAAACUGCAGCUCUCAUAUAAAUCUCUUUUUCUAUGCUCUCUGCACUCUGUUUUACUUCAAUGAAUGUGAUAAGCACGGAGGCUAUAACCUAACGAAAGUCUGACACGAUCAUAUCAUUUACACACAAUUCUCAUUGAAAUAAUUAAAUGGAGACGACAGCUACUUCUUCGAAGGAACAGGAUGUGGAUACAAAUUCUACGGAGUUAAUUCAACAGAAAAUCAUUGCAUUGGCACAAGCGAAACCGAAAGGAAUAUCCGAUAAAGAUUUAACAAGCGAAAUGCCAGACCUGCAGCCCGCCCAAAGGGCUGAGAUAAUAAAUAAACUUUUAUCCCAAGGCUAUUUCGAUUUGUUUAAACAAGGUGGCUCGUUGUUGUACCGUUUAAAAGAUCCUUCAAAGGCAAAAGUCGCAAAGGGUGCUGACAACGAGGAAAAAAUCGUUUAUACUAUCAUUGAGGAAGCAGGGAACAAGGGAAUCUGGAUCCGCGACAUAAGAUUCAAGUCGAAUCUGAUGCCGACGCAGUUGAACAAAAUUUUAAAAAGCUUGGAGACCAAGAAAUUUAUCAAAGCCGUCAAGUCUGUAGCAGCGAGCAAAAAGAAAGUUUAUAUGCUGUACAACUUGGAACCAGACACGUCUGUCACUGGUGGUGCUUGGUACCAGGAUCAAGAUUUUGAAGCAGAAUUCGUUGACGUCCUCAACCAACAAUGCUUUAGAUUUUUAGAGAAGAAAAGGGAGCAAAUGAAUUCCUGCAGGGAUGGACCGAUCAUGGCUAGGAAUGUUACGUUCGCUUCCUCUAAAGAAGUCUGGAAAUUCAUAUCUGAUUUAGGAAUAAGCAAGGUGAAAUUGUCGGUUGAAGAUUUGGAGAUGAUUCUGAACACCCUGGUCUAUGAUGGAAAAGUAGAACGAAAUGUCUCAGGUGACGGGAACAUUUUAUAUAGGGCAGUGGAACCUUUAUUAAGUCCACCUGGAUUAAUCAAGUCUACUUGUGGAGUUUGUCCUGUGAGGAAAAAUUGCUGUGAUCUCGGUGAUGUCACACCAACUAAGUGUCAAUACCUUACAGAAUGGUUGGAAUAAUGUUGCCUACAUAAAUUGUAUAUACUUUUGCACAUAUUUAAGCUGAACAAUAAAAAAAUGCAUAAAACAGUA